AUAGAGUGUCGCUAUCAUUUGAAUGGUGUCCGUAAAAGAGCAGUAUUUGACAAAACAAACAGUAAAAAUGGUCUACCACCAGAGGGGGACUUAGGCAAACAUUUCUUUUCUUUUGUUUCUAAAAUGUUUUUUUUAAUCAGAGGAAUGCUACAAAUGGAAAAUCCUUAAACUUUUAAGUAAUAGUCAUUUUUUGAAAAAUUGAGCACACCUAAUUAUGUUUUAUUGCUUUAUUUAUGAUUUAAUAGCGUCGCAAAUGGUUGAUGGGGACAUAGUCUCCUAGCGACAUCUCCUCAUUUACGGCAAAUGGAAUAUGGCGGAGGGUAAGAAAUCUGUUGACGGACUUGAGCUCAGCAAGGAAUGGCUAGAGGCUGCAGACGGCAAGGCGGAGGUGCUUCGCUACCUGAAGGAGCAGGUACCGCAGAUCUUCUGCCUAAAAAAAGAGUCCAGCCCUCAGGAGGAAGAGGAACUCAUGCAGACCCGACUCAUCCAUCCUCUGGAGUGUUUCCUGUUUGGAGAAGACCCCGAGGAGGGUCUGGAGAAGCUCAAGCAUGGGUGCUCCUCCUCCCAGCUCUGUGGACGUGUCUUCAAAGAGGGAGAGACUGUAUACUCCUGCAGGGAUUGUGCAAUAGACCCCACUUGUGUCCUGUGCAUGGACUGCUUCCAGGAUAGCGUGCACAAAAGCCAUCGUUACAAGAUGCACGCAUCAUCAGGCGGGGGCUUCUGUGAUUGCGGGGAUGUGGAAGCCUGGAAGAUCGGCCCCUGUUGCUCCAAACAUGACCCGGGGGCACCCGCUGCUAUGGUAACGGAUGAGUGUGAUUUGGAGCCCGAGUUAUAUGAACGUGCUGAGAAACUGUUCCGGAUACUGCUGCGCUACGUCACAGAUUUCUUGGUGUGGGAGGAGAGCUUUGAGCUAUCAGCUGAACUCCAACCCCAACGAAAAGACAAUGCAUACUACUGUGUACUGUACAAUGAUGAGCACCACUCGUACGACCAUGUGAUCUACACCCUGCAGCGUUCUGUUAACUGUGAUCCGGCUGAAGCACAGAUACACACAGCACUUAUUGACAAGGAGGGUCGGCGUGCAGUAAAGAGAGGGACGCUGCGUUCAUGCCAGCAAGCACGCGAUCUCAUCAGGUCCAACUCUCAACACAUUUCUCAGCAGCCACUACGUGUGGAGAUCCUUCACACAACAGUAAUGGCUCAUCAAACCUUUGCUCUGCGCCUUGGCUCCUGGUUCCAAAAGAUCAUCAGUUACUCAGCUGGUUUCAGGCAGGCCUUCUGCCAGGUGGCACUAGAGCCAGACACAGACAGGGACCACCUUUGCCUCAUCAGCAGACUCAUGUUGCACGAUGCUGUGAUGUACAAAGGAGCUCGCAAGGUAAUCCAUGAACUGAUUUUGUGUAGCAUGCUAAUGGAGACGGACUUCAAGAGGCUGUUUGCAGUCGAGUUUACAAAGCACUAUAAGCAGCUGCAGAAGGACUUUAUCAAUGAUGAUCAUGAGAGGAGUAUAUCCAUCACUGCUCUCUCUGUGCAGAUCUUCACUGUACCCACACUGGCCAGGCAGCUGAUCGAGGAGUGUAAUGUCAUUAAGGUGAUAGUUGAUACAGUCAUGGAUUUAAUUGGUGAACAUCUGAAUGAGAGCAACCAGUUCUUCUUCCUGGGCUACAACACAGACAAGUUCCCACGCAUCCAGGUCAUCUUCCAUGACCUCAGGUAUAUUCUAAUCAGUAAACCCUCAAUAUGGACUGAUGAGCUGCGGAGACAGUUCCUAGAGGGGUUAAAAGUCUUUCUUGGGUUUCUCAAAUGUAUGCAGGGUAUGGAGGAGGUGAAGCGGCAGUUUGGUCAACACAUUGUGGUAGAGCCAGAAUGGGAAGCUGGCUUUUCUCUUCAGAUGCAGCUCCGUCACAUUCUUGCUAUGUUUCAGGACUGGUGUUCCUCUGAUGAUGAGAUCUUGCUUCUUGCAUUUAAAGAGUGCCACAAAGUCUUGAUGCAAUGCAAUAACCAGCCCUUCCAUAGGGAGGCCACUGACUACUACAUGUGUAAGCACAUCCUCCAUGUUCGUCCAUACAAAGUGUCUCAGGAGCCUGUCAGCAUUCACCUGCCCAUCUCCAGGCUACUGGCUGGCCUGUAUGUACUUCUGUGCAAAACAGGGGCAUUUGAACAUCUGGAUAAUGCUGAUAGUCUUGACUACAUCCAGCUGGCCGAGUGUCCUCUGCGCUCUGUGGUGCUGGCUGCACAGGUCUCAGCCGAAAUGUGGCGUAGAAACGGGCUGUCAUUAGUCAGCCAGGUCUACUACUAUCAGGAUGUAAAAUGCAGAGACGAGAUGUACGAUAAAGACAUUCUCAUGCUCCAGAUAGCUGCUUCCAAAAUGGACCCCAAUCACUUCCUCAUGCUGAUCUUGUUGAGAUUCGAGCUCUUUGAUUACUUUAAUGGAAGUUGUUCAAGCACAGACCAGGAUGAAUUAAUACAGUGGAACCGCUUAACAGAAGAGAUGCUGUACCUCCUGAUCGUCAUCACCGGUGAACGCUAUGUCCCUGGGCUCAGUCAGGUGACCAGAGAGGACGUGACCAUGAGGGAGGUGAUCCACCUGCUGUGCAUUGAGCCCAUGGCUCAUAGUAGCUUGGUCAAAGGCCUCCCAGAGAAUGAAAGCCACGAAACAGGCCUGGAGUCAGUAAUUACCAAAGUUGCCACCUUCAAAAAACCUGGGGUUUCAGGACAUGGAUUAUAUGAAGUGAAUAAAGAGUGUCUGGCAGAGUUCAACCCUUUUUUCUACCAUUAUUCAAAAUCCCAGCACAGCAAGGCAGAAGAGUCUCAGAAGAAGAGGAGGACUCAGGAGGGCAGUGAUAAAGCUCUCCAUCCUCCAGUGCCCCCAGUGUUCUGCCCAGCUUUCUCACGCAUAGUGAAUCUGCUCUACUGUGACAUUACAAUCCACGUCCUGAGAUUCAUCCUGCAGGGAGCUGCAGAGGACCACGCAUCUCACUGGACAGAAGCCAUGAUCCAGCGGGCUCUGCACCUGAUUGGUCAGGCAUUGCUUGAAGAGAAAACUCAGCUUGAGGACAGCACUGUGGAGGAAGUGACCUUUGAUUUCAGCCUUAAGGCUCGCAGCAUCGGUUCAGAACACGGCAAGUCAGUGUUCCUCUUGUUGUCUAAGAUUAAGGCUCUUCCUUCACUUGAAGCUCAAAAAGACAUGUUCAAAUGGCUUCUACAGAUGUUUGAGAUUGUCAAGUGCCUUAGAGAGAACUCAAGUCCAACAGCAUCCAUGAGUGUGGAAACAACAAAGCCAGAAGAGAGUGCUCAGGACAAAGAGAAAGCUGAGCGAAAAAGGAAGGCGGAGGCAGCCAAGCUCCACCGACAGAAGAUUAUGGCCCAAAUGUCAGCAAUGCAGAAGAACUUCAUUGAAUCAAACAAGAUGCUGUACGACAACAUGCCGGAGAGCGGAACACAGGGAGAACCCGUCACAUCUAAUGAUACCUAUACCACAGAGCAGAGGGAGCUGUGUGUAGCCAUUGGGCCCCACCGAGGAUCCACCCCAGCCAAGAGGGAGGUGCUGACCUGCAUCCUCUGCCAGGAGGAGCAGGAAGUGCUGGCUCAGGCUCCAGCCAUGGUAAUGACCGCAUGUGUUCAGAGGUCCACAGUGCUGACGCAGUGCAGAGGAAAGCUACCGACCAACAGAGCACCAGGAACAGGGACAUCAUAUCCCCUGUUUAUGCCUCCUGAACUGACAGUGGGGACCCACACUGGCAGCUGCGGACACGUCAUGCAUGCCACAUGUUGGCAGAAAUAUUUUGAGGCAGUCCAGAAUAUGACGAGGAACCGGCUCCACGCUGAGCUGAUCAUUGACCUGGAGAAUGGGGAGUACCUGUGUCCACUGUGCAAGUCUCUGUGCAAUACUGUUGUCCCUCUCAUCCCGUUGGAACAAGUAACAUUUAACUAUGAAAAUGCAGAGAUAAUUGGACAGCAUUUGACCUUACCUCGCUGGAUCCAGGUCCUCUCUGCCAGGAUUAAAGGGCUCAAGUCAGUCACUCAGGAUAAUGAGAGGGGCAGUAGUGGCGAUGGGGACACAGAGCUGUGUGGAGAGAGCCAGCCAGACUUUAGAUCCAUCCUCAGCUAUGGAGUACAAGAACAGAGAAAAUUCUCCGACAGCAUAAUGGACAUGCUAGUCGUGUGUGCCACCACGGUCCACAGGGUGGGCUUGCAGACAGCACCCAAUGAGCUGUGCCCACAUGUGCCCCUUAUGGCCUGGAACACAUGUGCCUUCACUAUUCAGGCCAUAGAAAACAUACUGCAGGAAGAGGACAAGCCACUCUUUGGGUCCUUACAAAACAGACAGCUCACAGGUCUGAAGGCAAUAGUUCAGUUUGCAGCAUCCCAGAGACUUAAGAGCUCUCACGCUGUCAUUCAGAGACACUUUACAGACAUGUUGGGAGUCUUGUUGCCAGCUAUGAGCAGAAAAAACACCCCUUCUCUUCUGGAGGUGGACUUUGUCCAUCUUUUGGUGGGGUUGGUGUUGUCUAUACCUUCACUGUAUCAGGAGGAGGCUGUGGACUUGCAGCCGUCUGCUGUCAGCUCUGCCUACAACCACCUGCACAUCUUGCAUCUGGUCACCAUGGCUCAUGUACUGCAGGUCCUCCUCUCCACUGCAGAUUUUCCCACAGUGGUGGGUGGAGAGGAGACAGAGGAGGCGAGAGCGGCGGGAGAGCUGUAUGCUGCAGUGUCACAGCACACCGGAGGGCUGAUUCCAGAUGUGUCCAGCAGCUCUGUGGCAGAGCGGGUGAAGAAGGGGAUCAAACCUUUCCUGCGCUGUGCUGCUCUGUUUUUCAGUUGCCUUACAGGAGUUCAUCCUCCAGAGGAGCUUUUUAGUACUUCUGCUGCCUCUCAAGGACAGAUGGAGGCACUAUGCAGUUACUUGGCACUACCUUCGAAUGUGUUCCAGCUUUUCCAGGAGCACAGAGAUGCUGUUACUCCACUGCUGCACAGGUGGUGUGGAAGCCCAGCUAUAACCAAAGCCCAGACUGUAAGAUACCCUAGGCAGAGGAAUCGUUUGAUUGAUCUUCCUGAAGAUUACAGCGCUCUCCUCAAUCAGGCCAGCCAUUUUCAGUGUCCUAAGUCUACAGAUGAUGAGAGGAAGCACCCGACCCUCUGCCUGUUUUGCGGGGCCAUGUUGUGCUCUCAGAGCUCCUGCUGUCUCAGCAGGCUGGAUGGGGAAGAUGUGGGAGCUUGCACCGCUCAUGCCGCUACCUGUGGUGCUGGUGUGGGCAUGUUCCUCAGGAUAAGAGAGUGUGAAAUUGUACUGAUGGCCAGUAAGACUCGAGGAAGCACAUACCCUGCUCCUUAUUUGGACGACUACGGGGAGACUGAUCCUCACCUUGAAAGGGGCAAUCCACUGCACCUUUGCCCAGAGCGCUACAGGAAGCUGAACCAGCUGUGGCAGCAGCACUGCAUCCUGGAGGAAAUCGCCCGCAGCCUGGAGGUGGUCAAUGUUAUGUUUGCCUUUGAGUGGCAGAUGUUCUGAUGACUGCUCCAGCUUUGGUGCCCGGGGAAGAAGGAGCACAGUUUGCUUCAGUGCUCACGUGGCGCACACACACAUACAUAUAUAUACACACACACGAGCAAACAGCCUUGGCCUGAACAGCCAGUCCCUCCUGGACGCUGGAGUCCCGACAGGUGCAAAAGAAUAAUGGAGGGUGAUGAAUUAGGAGCAAACCCCAGUCGCCUUGUUUUAAUUGACUGUCUGCUGUGAGAAUAGGUUUCUCCUCUUAGAGUAAUGUUGAUUGCUCAUUCAAAUAAAGACAAACACCAUAUACACACUGACAUGGGUCUUUAUGUAAUUUGUUUUCUCUCAUCAGUAAUGCUGUGAAUUUUCUGCAUUGUUCUUUUGUGGUAGAAAUUAUUAGUCAUAAGUUAUAACAUUGAUUGAUCCUGUUUGAGAAUACAUUCAUUUGGAAAUGCUUUGGCACGAUCAGACGUCCCACACAUUUAUGCUUUUGCCCACUAAUUAUGUAGGAUUAGCUUCCCAAAUAUGUCACAUUUGGACAUUUAUAAUUAAAUUGACAUAUUAGCCCAAACUGAUGACGUACUGUAAAGACUGGGACAGAGAAAUACCAAGAUAUUUGGUCUUGUAAUGAUAAAAACUGAACGGACCACUUUUAGA